UGUGUACUUGUGUACCUGUGUAACAGUACUGUCUCUUGUGUACAGGCGUGUGGACGAAGGUGUUGGAGGCCAUCGGUGUGUUAGCAGUGAUUGCUAACGGUCUGGUCAUCGGGGUCUCAUCAGACUUCAUUCCCCGCCUCGUCUACCGUUACCGCUAUGGCCCCUGUGCUAAUGGAAGCACUCACACACACUGCUUGCAGGGCUACAUCAAUGACACUUUGUCCACGGCUGUUGUGUCACACAUGGCAGUUAGAAACGACUUUCUCCCAGAACAGAUGACAGACGGCGGCUUCAACGUCACACAGUGCAGCUACAGAGACUACAGGAGUGAUGAAGACUACACUCUGACUUCUCAGUUCUGGUUGGUUCUGGCUGUGCGCUUUGCCUUCGUCAUCUUGUUUGAGCAUGUUGUGGUGGUGUGCAAGUUUAUAGCGGCCUGGUUCGUCCCCAACAAUCCCAUUCUGGUGAAGAACGAACGGCUGCUCGACAAACUGGAUCGGCUGAAGGACGAGCUACGUGAAAUGAAACGUUGCAGAUCAACAGACGUCUGACCACCUGCAGCUGACCUUGGAUCUGUCUCCACUGAUGAGUCCUGACUGGUUGAAUUGCAUCUGCUGUUGGAACACGAGACUGGACUUUACUAAACUGUAAUAUUGUGUGAGGUUUGUGUCAGGGUAUCGUUGGACUUUUUGUAUUACGUAUUGACCUGCUGACACGUCAUCACACAACUCUCACACUCCAUGUAACACUAUAGCGAACAGUCACGUGAUGUUUUUAUAUAAAACUUUUAGAAAGAA